UAUCACUUUCAUGGAUGUGUGAUGUGAUAAAAGCUAUUAGAAAUUUUGUUUUUGCACUUUUUGAAGUUACCUGCUAACUUAUAAAUUUGUUUUUACGAAAAUUGCUCUACACAAGUCACUCUAUGAAUAGUUAUUAAAUUUCCACCUAUUAUUGUUGUAGAAUCAUGUGAAGAAUGUUAAAAUGUCUGCUGAAACCCGUUCUGCGAAAACCGCUUUAUUAUCCAAUGACUUUUCCAAGGGCUUUCAGCACCUCGAAGUGUAUAUUUGCGAGUUAUUAUGAUGUAUUGAAAGUAAAUCCUAAUGCUACUCAGAAAGAAAUCAAAGAAGCUUAUUUCAAACUAUCUAAAAAAAAUCACCCUGAUUUGAAUCAAAAUGAUCCUGGUUGCCACGAUCGUUUUGUUAAACUUCAAGAAGCGUAUCAAGUACUUGGAAAUCCGACCACUAGAAAAGAAUAUGAUAUGAAAUCUGGCGGAGGUAGGCGAGAGGCUUAUUAUCACAGAGAUGCGCGUUACAAGCCUGAUUUUUCAGCCAGAGACGAAUGGAUCAGACAGCAAAAUGAAAGAAUGGAAAGAGAAAUGAAAUUUGGAGAACAAUUUGGUCAGAGGUACGAUGAUACGCGAAAUUUCAACUCAUUUUAUGGAAAACCUCACAAUAUGACGCCUGAAGAAAUGCGUGUGUAUUUGAAGAGUAAGAGAAUUGCUGGUCAUUUCAGCUCAAUGAAUUUUGUCAUUGCGUGUUUCUUCUUUUUCGUUGUGAUUAUUAUGUCAGAGUCGUAUUAUGUAGGCACUUUACGACAAAAAUAUUACGAAGAAAACGUUCGUAGAAAUGCGCAAAUUUUACAGCAGCAUAAAGAUGAUUAUUACGAGAAUCGGUCAUGGGAAGCGAGAAAUAAAUUAAUAAGAGAUAUGGAAGAAUACGAAGCAAGACAGAAAUCAAUGCGAGAUUUGAAAGAGCCUGAAGCAAAAGCUGCUUUCGACGAGGAAUGCAGUCUGCAGUACGUGACACCACCGCCAACCGGAGCUCAAAAAAGUUUAUCAUUGUUAUCAUCACUGUUAUCAGCAAUGUUAAAAUGUGUGCUAAAUCAUGUUCUGCGGAAGUCGCUGUGUAUUCCAGUGAUCACCCGAAGGGUUUUCAGCACCUCAAAAUGUAUGUGUGCAAACUAUUAUGAAGUUUUGAAUGUACAGCCAAAUGCAACCCAGAAAGAAAUCAAGGAAGCGUAUUUAGAAUUAUCGAAACAAAAUCAUCCCGAUUUGAAUCCGAAUGAUCCGGGUUGCCACAAUCGUUUUGUUAAGCUUCAAGAGGCUUACCAAGUACUGGGAAAUUCUUCCACUAGAAAAGAAUAUGAUAUGAAAACCGGCAGAACUAGGGAAGAGUAUUAUUAUCACAGAGAUGCACGUCAGAAAUCCAAUUUUUCAGCCACAAGAGAUGAAUGGAUUAGGCGACAGAAUGAGAAAAUGGAAAGAGAAAUGAAAUUUGGAGAACAAUUCGGCCAGAGGUUCGAUGAUCCAUUUUAUAACAAAACUUACUAUAUGACGCCUGAAGAAUUUCGAAUAUUUUCUAUUAGAAAAAAAAUGUUUGGUCGUUUCAACAACAUGAGGAAUAUGAUACUUCUGUCGGGAUUUUUCAUUUUUAUUACGGUUAUUAUAUCGGAAUCUUUCUUGUUAAUAUCUGACGAUACUACUGAGGAAAAUAUUCGCAAAAAUGCGCAACUAAUGCGAGAAUAUCAAGAUCAAUAUUACUUUGGUCAGACAUAUGGGACGAGAAAUAAACUGAUGAGUGAUUUAGAAAAAUAUGAAAAGAAGGCUGAUGAAGAAAAAAAAUGAUUUUUUAAAUAUUGUAGUCAUGUUGUAGUUUCUAUUCGAUUAUACGUUUGUGAUGAGAAUUAUAUUGAAGGUAGAUUUAAUGAA